AACCCUUCGCUGCAUUUCCUCCUGAAAAUCCAGUACGGAAACCCAAUGAAUUUGGGGACGGGCGACUUUCCAGCGCCAGAGACCCUCUAGGGGGAGGUUUGCAGUUCACCGAGUGGAACACAGCAUCCCCGUCAUCCGAGCCUCCCGUCACCCGUGUCUCAGAGAAGGACAACUCGUGGCUCUACACCCUGGACCCCAUCCUGGUCACCAUCAUCGUCAUGAGCUCCCUGGGCGUCCUGCUCGGGGCGGUGUGUGCCGGCCUCCUGCUGUACUGCACCUGCUCCUACAGCGGCCUGUCGUCGCGCUCCUCCACCACCCUGGAGAACUACAACUUCGAACUGUACGACGGCCUCAAGCACAAGGUCAAACUGAACCAACAGCGCUGCUGCACCGAGGCGUGAGGGGAGGAGACCCGAGGAGAGACGGAACUAGAGGGAGCCGCUGCUAUUUGUGGAAACCUCUCGCUGUUUUUCUUCAUUUCCUCCAGUUUCACUUUAGCCUCAGUUUACUUCCUUGAUGGUGCAGUUCCCCCCCGGACACACAGACAACGAGACGGCCACUUUAUCGGAAAACGUGACUCCAUUCGGUGUAGUUUUUUGCAGCGAGAGAGCCAACAAAAGACUGGGGUUACCCUGUUCCAUUGCAGGGGUGUUAAGCCUCAAAAAACAAAUAUCUACACAUAUCAACUACAGUUUCCUGCUCCACCAAAAGAGAACUGUUUAUAAAUGCAUCAUAGAUUUGUAAGAGGUCUAGUUUUGAGACUGGACACUGUAAGCUACACAUACUGUGUCCGAACACGUCGUGUUGGAAAGGUGGUAGGUUAGGAACGUGCUUAGAAAGCGUCUGUUUUGCUCACAUGUGAACACAGUGGCCUAGAACUUAGCUCCUUUGUGUGGCACGUUGACUUUUUCUUCUUUCUUUUUUUUCGUUCCGUCAUAGACUCUGCUACCUAUCAGCCUCAGUUAUCCUCUUAGUUCCAGACGUCUCUCUCUUUCUGUUUUAAUGUUUUCCUUCUGGCUGAUUGCCAGUCCGCCAUGGAAGAUAAGUAGAAAAAAAAAAAAACGAAGAAAACGUAUGUGUGCAUAGAGGUGCGGGCUGGGAUUUUAACGCAUUCUUUCAAAGGCAGAGUGACGUUAUUGUUAGAUUUAGUUGUUGCUGGUUCCUGUCAAAGAGAAGGUCAUGUUUACAUUGUGGUUAAUCGUGAAAAGGUCAAGGAGCUUUGGUCGGUGCAACCUAUGGAUUGCUGCUAUAUAAAAAAAGAGGGAUUGAGAAAGACGAUGAUUGACAGCGCACUAUAAAAAAUCCCCUGCCCCUCUCCUCCUCCUCGCUAUCUCACAGGGGUAAUGUUCUCUCUGCGCUUUGGCAAGGACCAAAAUAUGGGAUUGAAAACAAAUGCACAGCCAGAAAACGGCUUUGUCUAUCCACUGACUGACCGAGGGAGUGAGCGCAUGAGGGAUUGAGUGAGUGAGUGUGGCCCGGACACACGACAAUCCUUAAAAAGCAAACUGUUUGUGGAAAGAAAGGAUCUCUGAGGCAACACCGAGACAUGAGGAGGAUCUAUCUGUCGUUUUUCUUUUGGGACCUCGAAAGCCAUGAUUUAAAGGACCUACCCCCCGCCCCCCUCUCACCCCUGACACAUUCACACACAUCACACACACACCCCCACAGACAUUUUUUUGAGUUUGGGUUUCUGAGCAAAUGGGAAAGCGUCUGGUCUAGCACUUGGUGUGAAUGGACUCGUAAGCCAUGAGAAGGAGAGGGCGAGAGACCCUCUCAUGCACACGCACACACACACACACAUUACUCAACUUGUAUGUACAGAUGUAUAUACAGAAAUACACACACACCCUCUCUCUCAGAAACUCUGGACACAUACACACUCUGAGAGACGCUACAAAUGAAGGGAAUGAUGGCUGCUGCUGAGAGGUUUAUAUUUGACACCAUGAAGAACAUUGGUUUUAACAUGUCAUCCCAUUUACCCUCUCACACACACACACACACACACACACACACACACACACAAAGCCGUCCCUCUCCUCUGAGGCCCGCAUCUCUGGACCCCACUGACUCUCUUAAAAGUGCCUUGGAGCCUCGGGGGGGUCCAGCUUGCCUUGUCGGAGCCAGUAUCGGACACAGGAAUUUGACAGUGACAGUCGCAGUGCCCCCCCCUCAGCCUGGGAGGACCAAACAAAGUGUAAAAGGACAGGACGCCACCCCCUUUCGCACUGCUCGGACUGCUGUUGUUGUUGUUUUAAAAAGAGGUCUUUGUACAGAAAAGCUCUUUUUAUGAUUGUUAUUAUAAUUAUUGUUGAUUAUUUAAUAAAGGAUUUAUACCAUA